GCAUCCUUCUCCCCCCCCCCGGUCCUUUCUCUGCAGGCCCCAGGAUGGCGUCGCAAUUGGAGACGGCCGUGGACACCCUCAUCUCCGUCUUCCACAACUACUCCGGCAAGGAAGGUGACAAGUACAAGCUGAGCAAGAAGGAGCUGAAGGAACUGCUGCAGAACGAACUGGGCUGCCUCUUGGAGACCCAGAGAGAGCCGGAAGUGGUGGACAAGAUCAUGCAGGAUUUGGAUGAGAACGGCGACGGAGAAGUGGAUUUCCAGGAGUUUGUGAUCCUGGUGGCCGCCAUAACCGUGGCCUGCAACCCCUUUUUCUCGAAGGAAACCUGAGCCCCGCCGAGCGGCCGUCGUGGGAACGCAGCAAAGCUUAGGGGUUUUUUGGGGGGGUCGGGGGAUUUGACCCCGGUGGGGGACAUUUGCUGUCUCUUCGCGGUGCCUUUUUCCUCCCCCCCCCGCUUUCUUGCGGCUUCUCUGCCCGGCUGAGAGCAGCCCGAGGUGCCUUGUAACCCGCCUGCUGAGGCAGCGCUGCUGAUUAAAAAGCUAUUUAGUGUGCACUG